AUGGAGGACACCUCGAAAUUGAACACGUCAAAGCUCGGAACUAAAGAGUACUGGGAUGAUUUUUACGCACUCGAAAACUCUAAUUUCAAAGAGAAUCCUGGAGACACGGGCGAGUGUUGGUUUGCCGACAACGAUGCAGAGGAAAAGAUGAUUGAGUUCCUAAUGGACAAUCUAGACCAGCAGAAUAUACACAGGGAUUGCUCCAUGAUCGACUUAGGUACCGGGAACGGCCACUUGCUAUUCCAGUUGCAUGAAGAGGGUUUCAAUGGGCCAAUGAUGGGCGUCGACUAUUCCGAAAAAUCGGUUCAGUUUGCUAGAGAGAUAUCGGAGUCACAGUUUCCUGGCUAUGAGAACAUCAAAUUCGAGGCUGCAGACAUCUUUGACCCUAACUGGGAAUGCUCCGCUUACGACGUCGUUCUUGACAAGGGAACGCUGGACGCGAUCGCUCUGAGUGGCAUUAAACUGGACGGAGACAGGUCGGUCGUCGAUGUCUACCCCAAAGUUGUAGAGAAGCUCUUGAAAAAAGACAGCGUUUUUCUGAUAACCUCCUGUAACUUCACGCAAGAAGAGCUGAUACGCAUUGUGGAGUCCGACAGUUUAAAGGUAUGGAAAACCAUUGAUUAUCCAGUUUUCGAGUUCGGGGGCGUUAAAGGCACCACCAUAUGUAGCAUAGCGUUUGUGAAGAGAUGA